AUGGACACGAUACGCCCAAGGAAUAUUGUCAUUGUUGGCGCGGGAAUCGCCGGAAUCGCAUGCGCCCUCUCUUUGUCCAAGGAACUCACACCAUUUGUCCCGGACUUGAUGAUCACUGUAUACGAGCGACAUGACAUAUUGUCCACUUCUGGCGGCGCCAUCAACCUCACACCUGUCGCUCAGCGGCAUCUCGCACAAUUGGGGGUAUUGGAUGAGUUGGAUCGGAUGGGCCCCGAGGGGGGAGCCGAUGUGGAUGCCAUAGAACUUUUCUCGAUGCGCUCCGGCCGUCCCAUUGGCUCCAUCGACUUCACCGACCACAAUGGAAAUGGCUUCGGCGGAUAUAAGGGCCGAAGAGUGAUGCGGAUUGUUCUAUCUGUGGCAAUGUUGACGGUGGUCGAGCGGGUCAAAAAUAUCGAAAUUGUGUUUGGCAAAAAGGUGGUAGGCGGCGAGGAGCUCGAGGACAGGUCCGUUCUGCACUUCCAGGAUGGCACCGAGGCUUCCGGGGAUUUAGUGAUCGGCUGUGAUGGCGUCCAUUCGGCGGUCCGAACCCAGUUUCUCGAUGUGGGUCGGCCUGCCGAAUACACGGGAUUAUCCUUUUUGCAGGCCACCCUCGAUACCAACACGCUUUCCAGCCCUAUUCAUUUUAAAUCGUCAUCUUUGAACAUAUCACGCCAUGGGUCAAUCCUCGCCAGCUACUGUGAUCGGGAUGGUGACCAAAUAUUCGCUGCUGCGAUCGUUCAAUUUAGCCAAGAUGCGCUGAGCCGCUAUCGACUGGAGCCGGGCCAAGAUUGGGCCACUCAACAUCGGAUCCGGUGUGCCCUGCGCGAAGAAAUUAGAGACCGUUUCGGCAAGACUUCGCUUCCGUGCAUUCGAGAGAUGAUCAACAGUAAAGCCGAUUGGAUGCUGUACCCAGUAUACCAAGUUCGCCCAGGCGGCCGCUGGUCUAUGAAUCGAACCAUCUUGCUGGGCGACGCAGCACAUGCCAUGCCGCCGCGCGACGAGUCUGCCGCAUAUGCGUUGGACGACGCGAUCCUGUUCUCGCGUAUCUUGGCGCGUUACCGCUCAGAACCACUGACGGAGGUCUUUGACGCGUAUGAGAGCCUUCGACGCGACACCAUCAACCGCGCAUUCAAAGAAUCUCGCCGCAUGUGGGAGCGAAAUAGAGACAUGGGGUUGUUCGAAGGGAGGCUGAAAGAAUGGAUGAUGUCUUUCCACAUCAAAUCCCACGAGAGCGCGCGGGAAGCUGCAUGGGAGUUUGACGCGACAAAAAUGGCUCUCCCUACACCGGCGCCGAGUGAAGACUUGGUGUCUUUGAACUCUUUCCUAAGAGAGCGUACCCUUUGA